UUCCUUGUCAGAAUAUUCAUGAAGCAGGAGAGCAGCGAGAGAGAGAGAGAGAGAGAAAGAGUGAGGUAGUGCUAAAGAGAGAGAGCGAGACGGGGGAGAGAGAGAGAGAGAGAGAGAGAGCAAGCAAGCCGGCAGAGACAGAGCGGGAGAGCGAGAGAGAGAGAGAGAGAGAGCAACUCCUUUCACCUGAAGAUUAGUUUGUUUCGCUCUCGUUCACUCACAGCGUAAGCUGAAGCCUCAGAGGCAGCCGAGCCGCCAGACUCCGCCAGAAGGUGUCAGCCUUUUGAUCGCUCUUCCUCUUCUGAUUAUCCUUCUACACCUCCUUCCGUCCCUCCGUCAUUCUCGUUUUAUUCUUUCAACGCAGAGUGCCCAGAACGCUCCCAUCCGUCCCCCGCCGAUCGCCCCCCGAAGCUACGGAACGGACGGAGAGAGAGAGGAGGAGAGAGAGAGAGAGAGAGAGAGAGAGAGAGAGAGAGAGAGACAGAACAAGAGAGAGACAGAGAGGAGAAGAGACUUACACAGAAAGAAGGGGAGAGAAAAACUUCUGAGGGUCUGAAAACUCCGCGUUUUAAAGGAAGAAGCAGGAGGGCGCUUUUAAAGGGCGACCACUGAUCCAGAAGCCGACGCCCACCCCGCUUUCCCAUUGGCCCAGAGGUGGACACGCCCCCACCGUCAUCGUUCCCGCCACCGUCCCGUCCCCCGUCCCCCCUCCACUCAGCUCUGCCGCAGCAUGGGGGCCAGGUGGGCCCUGGGGGUGGGCCCCUGCGUGUUCGUUUGGGCGCUGGCCGCGCACCUCCUGUGGGCGCAGGUGCAGGCGCAGGCCCGGGGCCUGGCGGGACGUCCCGCAACCGGGGGGGAGAGGGGAGAGCUGCUCCGCAGGGCCAGGAGGGGCUGGGUGUGGAACCAGUUCUUCGUCCUGGAGGAGUACACUGGCCUGGAGCCCCUGUACAUCGGCAAGCUGCACUCGGACAUGGACCGGGGCGACGGCUCCAUACGCUACAUCCUGUCGGGCGAGGGGGCGGGCACCAUGUUCACCAUCGACGACGGCACGGGGGACAUCCACGCCAUCCAGCGGCUGGACCGCGAGGUCAAGGCCCAGUACGUGCUGCGGGCGCAGGCGCUGCACCGGCAGACGGGCCGGCCCCUCGAACCCGAGUCCGAGUUCAUCGUCAAGAUCCAGGACAUCAACGACAACGAGCCCAAGUUCCUGGACGGGCCCUACCAGGCCACCGUACCCGAGAUGUCUGUCAUAGGUACCUCUGUGAUUCAGCUGACGGCGACGGACGCGGACGACCCCACCUACGGGAACAGCGCCCGGGUGGUGUACAGCGUCCUGCAGGGGCAGCCCUACUUCUCCGUGGAGCCGCGCACAGGCAUCGUCCGAGUCUCCCUGGCCGACAUGGACCGUGAGGUCAGGGAGAACUACACCGUCAUCAUCCAGGCCAAAGACAUGGGGGGUCAGCUGGGGGGGCUGGCGGGCACCACCACCCUCAACAUCACCCUGACGGACGUCAACGACAACCCGCCCAAAUUCGCCCAGAAACUGUACCAGAUGAGUGUCCCUGAGUCGGCCCCGGUGGGCUCUGUGGUGGGCAGAAUCCGGGCGCGGGACAAGGACGAGGGCGUCAACGCUGAGAUGAGGUACACCAUCAUCGACGGGGACGGCCGCGACUCCUUCGACAUCGGCACGGACCCCACCAACCAGUUCGGCAUCAUCACCAUCAAAAAGCGGCUGGACUUUGAGAGCAAGCGGAGCUACACCCUGAAGGUGGAGGGGGCCAACACGCACCUGGACCCCCGCUUCCUCAGCCGGGGCCCCUUCAGCGACGUCACCAUCGUGCACGUCAGCGUGGAGGACGUGGACGAGCCCCCCGAUUUCGACGCCCCCUCCUACCUCGUGGAGGUGCCGGAGGACCUGGAGAUCGGCACCGUCUUCAAGACCGUCUUCGCCCGUGACCCCGACGUGGCCAACAACUCCAUCAGGUACUCCAUCGAGAGGGCCAGUGACCCCGAGAAGCACUUCUACAUCGACAUCACGUCCGGCAUGCUGAUGACGGUGCAGCCGCUGGACCGCGAGGAGCUCGCCUGGCACAACAUCACCGUCCUCGCCAUGGAGAUGAAUAAUCCCUCCCAAAUCGGCAGCGUGUCCGUCACGGUGAGGGUGUUGGACGUGAACGACAACGCGCCCGAGCUGUCGCAGUUCAACGAGGCCUUCCUCUGCGAGAGCGCCAAGGCUGGCCAGCUGAUUCAGACGGUAACGGCUGUGGACCCAGACGAGCCCCUCGGAGGUCAGCACUUCUACUACAGCCUGGCGCCAGAGGCCGCCAACAACCCCAACUUCACCCUCCGGGACAACCAAGAUAACUCGGCGUGGAUCCUGACCCGGCGCGGGGGCUUCUCGCAGCUGGCGCAGAGCGUGUACUACCUGCCCAUCUUCAUCUCGGACGGGGAGCCGCCGGUGCAGACGGGCACGGGCACGCUGACGGUGCGCGUGUGCAGCUGCGACGCCGACGGCAGCGUGCUCUCCUGCAACGCCGAGGCCUACACGCUGCCCGUCAGCCUGAGCCGCGGCGCCCUCAUCGCCAUCCUCGCCUGCAUCUUCGUCCUGCUGGUGAUGAUCCUGCUCAUCCUGUCCCUGCGGAGCCAGCGGAAGAAGCCCUACCUGUCGGACGAGGAGGAGAACGUCCACGAGAACAUCGUGCGCUACGACGACGAGGGCGGGGGCGAGGAGGACACCGAGGCCUUCGACAUCGCUGCCAUGUGGAACCCGCGGGAGGCGGCGGCGGCGGCGGCGGCGGCGGGGGCGGCGCACACGCCCCUGGGCAAGAGCCGGCAGGACAUGCUGCCCGAAAUCGAGAGCCUGUCCCGCUACGUGCCGCAGGCGUGCGUGGGCCGGGGGGCCGGCAGCAGCGUGCACGGCUACGUGCUGGCCAAGCUGCGCGAGGCGGACGGGGACCCCUGCGCCCCGCCCUACGACUCGCUGCAGACCUACGCCUACGAGGGCGCGGGCUCGGUGGCCGGCUCGCUCAGCUCGCUGCAGUCGGGCGGCUCCGGCGCCGACCACGACUACGACUACCUCAGCGACUGGGGGCCGCGCUUCCGCAAGCUGGCCGAGAUGUACGGCGCGCUGGAGAGCGCCAACCCGCUGUGGUAGCCCGAGAACCUGCCAGCCGCCGCGCCCCCGCCUCC